CCAAUUUUAUAAAGCAGCAAAUUACGAUUCUAAUAUUGACAUGCGUAGUGCGUUCAUAUACCUCAUGUUUCCGGUUUAUAAAAAUAAUCAAGAUGAAACCCAUAUUAUUACAAGGACAUGAGCGGUCUAUCACACAGGUCAGAUAUAACCGUGAAGGGGAUUUGAUAUUCUCCUGUGCCAAAGACAACACACCAAAUAUAUGGUAUUCUAUAAAUGGUGAAAGAUUGGGAAGUUUUAACGGACAUAAUGGUGCUGUAUGGUGUAUGGAUGUUAACUGGGAUUCUACAAAAGUUUUAACAGGUUCAGCAGAUAAUACAUGUAAAUUAUGGGAUUGUGAAACAGGUAAAAAUUUGGUAACGAUAGACACAAGAACAGGUGUAAGAACAUGUAGUUUCUCAUUUAGUGGUCGUGUAUUAGCGUUAUCUACAGAUAAAACUAUGGGUUUACCCUGUGAAAUACAGUUCUACGAUGUCUUAGACCCACAACAACUCAGAGCCAGUAAACCAUUUUUAUCGAUACCUAUAGAAGGGUCUAAAGUAACAACCGCUUUAUGGGGUCCGUUUGAAGAAUAUAUGAUAACGGGUCAUGAAAACGGUGAAAUGUGUCAAUAUGAUACAAAGACAGGAGAAUUGGUUCUAUCGAUUAAAGAACACAAUAAACAAAUAAAUGAUAUUCAGGGAUCGAAAGAUUUAACUAUGAUCGUAUCAGCCUCUAAAGAUACUACAGCUAAGUUAUUUGACACAAGUACGUUAGAUCAUCUUAAGACAUAUAAAACAGAAAGACCUGUAAAUUCAGCUGCUAUUUCUCCUAUUAAAGAUCAUGUUGUAUUAGGUGGAGGUCAAGAGGCUAUGGAGGUAACGACAACCUCAACCAGAAUUGGUAAAUUUGAUGCUCGUUUUUUCUCUUUGGUAUUUGAAGAAGAAUUUGCUAGGGUUAAAGGUCAUUUUGGACCAAUCAACACAGUUGUCUUUCAUCCAGAUGGUAGAAGUUAUGCUAGUGGUGGAGAAGAUGGAUUUAUUCGUGUACAUAAUUUUGAUCAGAGUUAUUUUGAACAUAAUUUCGAGCUGUAGUCAACUAAAUUAAAUAAUGUAUUCCGGCUAUUAUCAAAAAUAUAAUAAACCAUUCAGAUGGA